AUGGUUAAGAUAACUGUUUUGAAGGUUGAUAUUGAUAGUCUCAAAUGCAAAAAGAAACUUGUCAAAGCUGUUUCAUCUCUUGAAGGGAUAGAUAAAAUAGAAGUUGAUGAAGGAAAAGGAACCAUGACUAUAACAGGGAAUGCUGAUCCAUAUGAGAUAAUAGUUAGAAUAAAGAAAAUUCGGAAAAAUGCCCAUGUUCUGAGUGUUGGGCCUCCUCUUAUCCCACCUCCUCCGAAACAGGAUUCUCCAAAGAAGCCCAAGGAAAAUAAAAAGCCCAAAGAAAAGCCCAAGGAAAAAGUUGAAGAAAAGACUAAGCCCGAAGCAGCAGUGAGUCAGUAUAUGGUGAUGCCUCCUCAGUACUACAACCAUGCACAACCAAUUGCUUUGCUACACAUGACUAGGUGGGAUGAACCUGAUACAUCUUGUACUGUUAUGUGA